AUUCAAUGCACACACGGAAACCGCGAGGUGAAAGUCCUCCCAUGAUGUUGUUCUAUUGAUUGUGGAUUUUACAACUUAAGGGCGUGUGACUACCGAACCAUUAAGGAACCUACAAACGGUAUAUAUACGGAGUACUCUUCAGACAUGUCUGCCUUUAAAAUAGAGGAGACCCCGCCUCCCCUGUAUACGGUUUACUUUGAGGACUAUCUCAGGCCAAAAAAGCUACAGACAAAAGCACAUCUGCAACAUUUUGAGAAGAAAGUGGGGAAAAUCUCAGCCGUAGCCAGCAGCCUGAAGCGCUUGAAGAUACUCCGCUGGCACUCUAGGAUCAUUCAACGAUUUCAGCAGCUGCCUCUGCCCAGUUUUCUGAGCUUCCUGCGGGCCCGCAAGGACGAUGGCAUGUGCAAACGGAAAUCUGGCUUCGAGAUCUACUGCGAAAUGGCCAGCAUCCAUGGCUUCCAUGUGUUUGUCGGGGCCGAGACCUGGCAGCGCAUUUUCUGGUGGCUUCUGAUUUGUACUGCAGUGAUUUUGUCGAACGUUAUCCUUCUCACGGCGCCCAAAGAAGCUCCCACCAUUCUUUUUAUAGACAGCAUGAUGAAGGCAACCUCAGAGAUCCCCUUUCCGGCGGUAACUAUAUGCAGUUUGAAUGGAAUUUCCAAGGAUAAGCUACAGAAAAGAGCCAAGGAAUGGAAAGUGUCAGAGGAAACGCUGCGGAAUAGCGUUAUGGAGGAGUUGUUUCGGACGAACCUCAGCUGGUCGCAGCUUCUGGAGGAUCUGGCUCCGCCAAUCUGUGAACAGAUCCGUAGCUGCAAGUGGGAGAAUCAUCUCGAAAGCUGCCUGGGAGAACUGAAGCCAUUCUGGACCUUUGAUCAUCGUCUCUGCUGCAGCUUCAACCAUCAAAAAGAGCUCUACUCUUCACAGUUGGGAGUUAGUCUCGUGGUAAACCUUCAAAAAGAGGAUUAUGCUGACCCAAUAAUUGCAUCCCAUGGCUUGGAGGUACUCAUUCACGAAUCCCAAAGCGUACCAGAUGCCGCCACCAUGAGGAUGAUGAUACCAAGUGAUUCAGAGACCCACCUAAUGGUGCGGGCCUUUUCCACGCGGUUCACAGCGAAUCUAGCGGGCCUUCCCAUUGAGGACCGACGCUGCUUCCUGCCCGAUGAGCAUCGUCUGUGGUUCUACUCCGCCUACAGUCUAAGCAACUGCCUUUCCGAGUGUCGCAGCAAAAAAAUCUUUCAGUCUUGCGGCUGUGUUCCGCCCCAUGCUCCUGGGGAAAGCACAUGGCCCAUUUGUGGCCUCCAGCAGGUGGAAUGUGUGCGGAAGUAUGAUGAAAUUAGUGAGCAGAUCACGGCAGUAGAGAGGGACUGCAAUUGCCUGCCGCCGUGCACAUUCCAUCGCUAUGAAUUCGAGAGUGAUGUGGAUGCAAUGCGUGGAUCCAAUUCCACGAACGAGGUCUACUUGAAUGUCUACUACGACCUCGCAUUUACCGAGGAGCUGCUUUUGGACGUGUACGAGACCUGGCUGGCAUUCAUAGGAACCUUUGGCGGCGUCAACGGGCUAUUUAUGGGCUGCAGUUUCGUGUCGGUCUUCGAGCUAAUAUUCUUUACGUGUGUGCGCCCCACUUGCAACUGGCUGGCGCGCCAGCAGAUACUCUGGCGACGCCGCAGGAAACAAGCAAAAGUGGGUUUGGCUCAUUAGCGGUGGGCGGUAUUUAAGCGCGAAACUAAUUGCCGCAAGCAGCCGCCGCAACAGUCGUCGCACAGAGGUCAAGCCGAAG